AUGACGGUUCACAAGCAAUAUCCCCCUCGCAACUAUGAGACCCUUGGAGACAGUGAAGAUGCGCUCAACCAAUCUCCCACAUCAUACCGACAAGGAGGCGAUGCAGACAAAUCGCGCUCGGCAGCAGUUGAAGCCCGGAGACUGGCGUCCCAGGGCUCAUGGGCCGACAACUUUACGGGCGGCACGCCUGCCACAAACAGGACGCCAUUAGCCUCAACUGUUGACGGCGAUGAACAGAGGGACGUCGAAUACCCAGAUAUGUCCCAAGAUGGGGAUCCAUCCGAUCCUCCCCCAGUCUAUACCCCCUCCGCCAGUACGCAGACGGCAUCGCAAUCCCCAGUAGCGCCUGCCUCCCCCGUGGCUGCGAGAUCAGUCCCUGCUACGGUCCCCGGGCCAGUAAGCACUCCCAACACACAAUCUCCUUCACACACACGUCCUGCCCAAACCCCGUUUCGACCCAAUGAUGAAGAGGAGGGUCCGUCGACUCUACCUGAAGCUGUCCCGCAACCGCACCCGGGAAAUCCCAAUCAUCAUUACCAUGACCGUGAUGAGGAGGCAGAAGCAGCAGCAGACUCAGACUCCGACACUUUGCCGGUCUUCUUGCAGCAACAACAACAUCAGCGACCUAGGCGAAAAUGGUGCCGUGGCCCUCGAAAAGCCCGGUCGUGUGGCGACCGGCGAAACGGUUUCGGACACCGCCAACAUGACAAACAUCGAGCCCGCCGCUUCAAAAAGACAUGCUUCUUCCUGCUCGCACUACUGGCUUGCCUCUGGCUCCUGAUUCCAGGGCUCUGCAAGUCCAUCAAGAAUGACGGCCGUUACGAUCUUCCGAACUUCGGGAAGCAGCCAUCGCAGGCUCCAUGGCCACCCGAGAAGCGUGAACACCGCGAGCACGAAACCUUCAGAUCUAUCACUGGCACAUAUCAACUGUACGAUCUACUUGAUUUGUCUACAACCAGCGGCAGCAUUACCGUUACGAUCGAAGUUCAGCCUGGCGACAAGCCGGCCGUGCUCCGUCUCUCAAGCCAAGCGGGAAGUGUCAACGUGAGGAUGACCUCUGGAGGUGGCCUGUUCAAGAAACGAGUUGUCUCUGAGGUGGCGAAGUCGAGGGUUCUUCAGACCGAGAUAUCUAGCAGCGCAGGCAGUGUCUCAGGCAACAUUGUUCAUGGUAACGGCGGUACAGCCUCGAUCUCUACGAACGCCGGUUCUGUCAACUUGGAUAUCUACACAGUUGGUGUUUCGGAACUGGAUGCGCAUUCACGUCUUUCGACUGUUACAAACCAGGGAAGCCAGCAUGUCAGGGUGUACUCUGACGUUAGUAACACAGAGCCAAUCCGGGCUCUUGAGGCUUCCCAUACAGUGCGUGGUAGUGGGAGUAUGACGAUCGAGUACCCGACUGAGUGGGAGGGGAUGGUGCACAUGACCUCUCACGGCUCUGGCAGUAUGAGUGCCAGCGGCCGCGGCCUGAUCGUACGCAAGGAGAGCAGUCAUGAACUCUAUGGUUACAAGGGAUCAAAGGAGGGGACAACGGUUGAGAUAUCGGAGCUUGGGAGUGGUAGUGUGAGGUUUACAUGCUAA